AUGAAGACUUCCAACGCGCUGAUUCAACAAUUGCUGAGGGCGGAGGAGGAAGCCGAGCAGAUAGUACACAAAGCAAGAGAAAACCGCAUAAAGAUGCUGAAGGAUGCUCGUGCCUCAGCGGAGGAGGAGCUCAGGGCCUUUCGCCUUAAGGAGGAAGAAAGAUUCAAGGUCGAAGUAGAACAGCGCCUGGGUCAGGAUGACUCCCUGACAAACGAACUCGCAGAUAGGACAAAAGCGGAGAUUGAAAUUAUCAAAAAGGACUACGUGGCAAACAAGGACGGAGUACUUGAUUUCAUCAGCCGCAAAGUCUUAGACGUAGACAUUGUUAUCGGCGCUAAAAAGGUUGCCAUUCUGCGUAAUUACGCGGAGCGUGGAGUCGAUCCAUGA